CAACUGAAUCACAUAAAAUGUAGAAUGCCUACUUGUUUUCAGCUUUCCUACUUCUUUUUUUCAAAAUAUUUUCCAGGUAAAAUAUACGAAGAUUACCCCAAACAUAGUCCAAGCGAUGGUGAAUUUUAUACUGAAGAAUGCCCUGUUUAUGACAAUCUAAAUCACUGCCACCCAGAGAUGCUAAAUGAAAGCUGUUAUGAACAAAUGAAUGCUCAGCCUCACCCCUCUGCCAGUGAUGUACAGGUAGUGGAGCACCAGAUGUGCUAUGCUUCCUUGGAUCACAGUGUCAAAAGAAAACAGAAAAGAAAUAAAAAGAAAUAUCCCACCUUAGGAAUGGAUGAAGACCACCUUCCUGGAAGCAAUCCUAUAUCCUCAGACACCUGCAUUUAUCUCAACAGUGAACAGCUGAGUGCUGAAAACAAACUGACUGAUAAUACUAUUCAUGAAGAUCCCUUCGGUGUAUUUGGUUUCAUCCACACUACAAAUGAUGACAGAUUUCAGUAGAGAUUUGCUCAGCCAAGUAAUUGUGGCCAAUAAAACAGAUAAUCUAGUUGCAAAAUAACCAAACUCACCAACUGCAGUUGGAAUUUAGCAGUUGAAAAAUAAUUGGCAGAAUGUGAAGAACUCCAGAAGCAACUGCAAGUACUUUUUCUUUGGAGCUCAUUAUGGGUAUGUCCAAAUGAUAUAUGUUGCUUGUAGUGCACUUCUUCCCUCGGUUUCAUGCCUAGUAUUAAUAUAUGCUUCAGAGAUGAGGGCAAUCAUAAGUUUAAUAUGAAUGAUGUCAGCAUCACGAAGCCAAGAAAAGUAAAAAGGAAAGCCAUGGUAGUUUCAAGUCCCAGUUCAAAAAUUUACGGAGGCAAGUGUCUAAAUGAUGUGGUGAACCUUUUCUGAAGUUAAACAAGCUUUUGUGUCAAGAGUUAUCUCCAUGAGCAAUACUAUUUCACAUUUUUUUUCUUUCAAGAGAACUGGGACUCUAUAUUACUGGAUGCUUAUGCAGAAGAGACUGAUUCAUACAAGACAUUAUUUGUACAGUGAAGAUACCUGUAUUGCUUCCUCACUACCCUCCCCAUAACAUAUAUGUAGUGCACACUGUAAUGCAUGUGUAAAAACUGUAAUAUAUGUAAAAACUGUAACUGAUCUGAGAUAACAACUGGGAUUACUUUCAAGAGAGGGGAACAUUUGUGGGUCAAAGUUUCUCUUCUCUGUUAUGUGCUAUCAUCUUCAUACAACCAGUAUGAAGAAUGUGCCCAACAUUGAGUACAAAAUGUACUGAAUGCUCAUGCAGAGCAAAAUGUUGCUCAUUUACUCCAUAGUUAGUAUUUGCCACAUUGUUCAUGUAAUAACACCAUGUAGUAUUUAAAGUCAAUUAGAGACUCAUGUGCUUUGGUUCAUCUAAUUAGCACUUUGUUAGCAAGUUUAAUGUCUUCUUAUGUUUAGUUUCCUGCUGGUAAGUACUACUAGAGUCAAUCCACAUUACUUAAUGUGUGUGUAAUGUUUUAUACACUCAGAUUCAAUUGUCCAUAAAGAAAGUGGUA